CUGUUUUUUACAGAAUUCUCGCUUGUAUCUCUUUUGACGCAAUCUCUUUGUCGACUAUUAUGUGCGACAACUGCCGACGAAUGGCGGUUACUGAACCAACCAGCAAGGAGAAUUCAUGAAUUCGCCAUGCAGCGGUUGAAUGCAGUCGCGCCAACAUGGCCUACUGAGUUCAAGCAAGUGUUGGCCUGCCAUCCUACUUUGAAGAAACGAUUAGAAAAUGCGCUUUUGUUCCAAUCUAAUCGUCAAAUGCAAGCCCAACAAGUAGCAAAAGCCAAAGCUGUUGCUGCGGAAUCAAAGACUAUGCAUCUUACCCAGCAGCCAACAAUCAAAUUAACCAUGGAUUUCAACUCGUUCGGAAAAGCAGCUUCAUAA